UGGUUCCUUUUAAUUAUAAAAUUUAAUUCUUUUCUUCAAUAAAUUCUUUAGAGUAGAAGGAGGUGUGUAUUUUAAAAGCUAAGCCUUAGAACUUAGAAAUUUUGGUUAAAAAGUUAUACAUUAUACAUAAAUAAAUACCGAGGUCAACGAAGUGACUUGUUCAGCAAAAACUGCCAAAACGAAAUCUUAUAAUUAUUAAUUAACACAGUCACAGAUUACAGAUGAUGACGCAGUUGGCAGUGCAGAAGCGAAGCUGAAAGAAUCUCUAGUACAAAUAACAUGUAGAUUUCCAACAGUUGGAGACACAUUUUAAGGGCUGGCAUUGUGAAAGUUUAGCACUUUGUGAUUACCGGUACACUAUUAAUUAGUCUAUUAGCAGUAGUAGUAUUACAAUACUAAUAUUUUAUUAUCGUAUCCAUAAAAACAUUAAGAAAGGAGGAUAUGAAUUCAAUUACUUUCAUUGCUUCAGCCAGUAUGAUAAAGAACUUUACUUUUUAUUUUACAACAGACCAGUAUUAUACUGAGUAUUGCAGACAAAGUUUAUGUGAAUUCUUCUAGCAGUUCCACAGUCCACAGGUGACAUUUGACAUGAUUUGUGAGGCAAUGUUAAGUUUAAACAAUUAAAUUAAGUAUUUUUUUAAAAUUAUAAAUUUUAUUUUCACAUGAUGAGUGAUGAACACUGGUAUUAACUAUUAGUUAGGCCUACUUAUUUUUACAUUUAGUUUCCCAUAAGGCUAAGGCCAAGGCUUGUUUCUUUCUUUCUAUUUCUUUGUAUAAAUUUAUAUAGCAUAUAAUAUAGUUUUAAAAAAUGUUGGCCUUUUUUGUGUGCUUAGGUUAGGACUUUGAAAUUGAAAAAAAAAUUUCAAUUGCCAAGCCUGGCCGGAAUUUUUAAAAGAGCUCAUUGAUUUUUUCCAUCCAGCCUGAUUUUCUAAUUAAGAUGUUUUGAGAUAAAAUGAAAUGUUCUUUUUUUGGUGGUAAUGAAAUUUAAUGACAUCUAAUUUAAUGAAUGAUGCUGUUAACUUCAAAUGGUGGAAGACCUGCACUCUGGGCUGUGUAAAUGUAAUCUCAAUCAUCAAUGUGCAUGGCAUUGAUUUUAACAUUCAUAUCUAAAUUUAAACAUUUAAUUAAAUAAGUCUAAUUAGGAUUUUUAAACAAACUGUUUCUGAUGUGCCAUGAUAUUUGUUGCUCAUUUGAAAUUUUUACCAUAAAAAUUAAAGUAUUUAAAGGCCCCUAUACUAGACUACUCUAUGGGGCCAUCCAAAAAGGAGGUCAUGCAUCUAGGGGGGCGGGGGGUCCGAUUUUUGUGACGAUGUGUGACGUGUGGGGGGGGGGGGCUUAAGCAAUGUGGCAUCACAUGAAAAGCAUAUAUUAUGUUAAAGAAUUGCACUUAAAAUCCCUAAAUUACAGACAUUUUUAAAAUUAUUCUUUUAUAACUAUUAUACUUUAAAACUCCUGUCACUGAGAGAAUCAGUACAGGUAUGUAAGGUCUGAAAAAUGGCCACUGAUCAAGUUACAGGACGCCAGUGGGGAGGAGAAUCGGUAUGUAGUUUCAAUGACAGUGGUGUGAAUUUAUCGCUAAAUGUAGACACCGGAGUCAUAGAAGUAGUACUACCAUGGGAAGCGGGGUGGAAUGAAAGAAAAUGGUUGACUCAGGGGGGGGGGGGAACGAUCUUAAUAAAUGCUGUAGGGCAUUUUUUUCAGUGCUGCAGGCCCACUCAGCUUUAAAAAUACCCCCACCCCACCCCCAAAUCCAUAUAAAUUAUAUUGUAAUAAAAUUUAAUAUAUGAAAAUAAUUUAAUAAUUUAUUUAUCACAGUUUUAUUUAUUUAAUUAACUUUUGUAAAAACAAGAGAAAAAAUUAUCAAUUCAAGCAAUGGGCGGAAAAAAAAAUUCAUCCCAAAAACAUUUACUUUUAUUGCUGAUAAUCAAGAUGCAUAAAAACUGAUUUUUUUUUUAAAGCAGCAACAGCUAGUAAUGGCAGCAAAACAGUUUUCUGGUCUUCCGCACCUCAGGGCUGGGGAUGUACUUUUACUCCUGGUUAAGAAUCACUGUUCUAGUGAAAUGUUUCUGACACAGGUGCAGUAAUUUGAUAUCCAUGGGAGGUGAAUUUCUUAAGGGUUUGUAAAGGACAGUAGUGGACACAGGGAAUUUUUAUAGGGGGUGCAGAGAUUUGUGACGUUAUAUUUAAAGGGGGGGGGGGUCUAACUUUUUGCGACACAUUGUGACAAUAUGGUGGGGGGGGGGGGGUAAAAAAUCGGCAAAAUUUGUGUGACGUCAUUUAUGGAUUGCCCCUAGGCCCAUACAAAAAAUAUUACAUUUAUUGUCUAUUCUUAGUAUUCUCUAAUGAAUAAUAUUUGUAGUGUAUUUAGCAUCAAGAAUGAGAUGGCGGACUGGAUACAACUUCAGCUUGAUAUUUUUACUUUUAUUAUUAGUUCCAUACCAGCUGUCUGUCCAAAUAUAGGCUAUCUAAUUUCUUAGUUUUUUAAUAUUGUUUUAAAACCUUUAUUAAUAUUAAUUUGCUGUUAAACAUUUUUUCUUAAUUUGAUUACAGAAAUCAUAUAAUGUAUUGAGGGGUCACCUAAUUUACAGUCUUGGCUAAAUUUUUGUUACCAAUGGAACACAUACUGGAAAAGCCAUUGAUUAUGGAAUCAUUUACAGACUCUUGGCCUUGUCACUCCUGGACAUUUGAGAUGCUUGCAAGUGUAUUAGGGGCGAAGUUGUUUUCCUGCAGAAUUUCUGAAAAGACAUGUAGUAAGGCAAUCCAGUAGCUCUCAAAACUACUCAUCAUUAUUGAUAUGCUUGACAAUUAGGAUGCUAAAAUUAAUUUUACCUUGCAAGUGUUGUGAUACUGUUAGCUAAACCCAAAUUGAGAAUGAGAUUUAGUGAAGAUAAGUAUUUUUAAUAAAAAGAUUAAUAAUACUGUUUAACUAAAAUAGAACUUAUUGAAACUAUUUUGGUGGACUUCAUUGAGUCUAAGUAGUUAAAACAAUUAAAAGUGCUUACAAAAUUCACUGUUUCUCUAAGAGUAAGGUUGAAUUUUGGCUUAAACACUUAUCUUUUGUAUGUUAAGUUUUCUUGUAAACUUUAAAUAACUGGUUCGUCCUUUGCACGUGAAGACUGCCAAUUAGCAUACCAUUAACCUCACAAGUACCAAAAGUUGUAAAAAAAUGUUCUUGUUUUGUUGUGUGUGUUUUAAGGUCCAUUGAUGUUUAUCAGAAUAAUGAGGAGUUUAAUUUACUGAAGUUGUACUGUAAUGUUUUUACCAUUUUCAACAGACGUUUUCAGGGUUAAUGUAUAUAAUUAUUUGUGAUCAUUCAACUUUCAAGUAUAUUCCAGGCAGAAUGAUGGAGACUCAAUGUGUACACAAGGAAGUCACCCUUGGGCAGUUCAGUGCCUGGCUCAAUGAAGAUAAGAACAGCUGUCCACUGUCUAGCUAUGCAAGGGAUAAAUAUUCUUGUUACAUUGACUACAAGUACAUCAAGGAUAUGUUUUCAGAAAAAUCAGGUUACUUUGAUCAUGGUAAGUCAAGUUCCUUAAUAAUUUUGUUUAAACCAUAUUUUAUAAUUAGUGUACAGAGUUUAUAUGUGUUUGAAAUAAUUAUGUUCAUAUUUUUUGUUAAUUAAUUUAGAUGUUUCAAAAUAUUAAACUAGAUAAUUUAUUGUAUUAUUUUAAUAUUAUGUAAUUUUUAUUCAUUGAUUAAUUUAAUAAAUGUUUCUUAACAAUCAACAGAGAAAACCAUGUGUUAUAAAAAAAAGUUCUUUUUUACCAAUACUUAAUGAGAUCAAUAAAGUAUUUUUGGGUUUCUUCAUUUAAUUUUGACGUAUAUGAACUUUGAAAAAAAAAUUAAUUAAUUUUUGUAUUAUCUAUGAAACAUAUGUCCAUUUUAAAUCAUUGGGUUAAUUUCUAAUUAAUAGAGCAAUGCUGCUUUAUGAUACAAAGUUGAAAAAACAAAUGUUUACACCAAUCUACUAUUUUCUACAGUCCAAUGGAAGAACUUUGGCCUCAAUGAGUUCAAUGGAUAUGACAGUACUAUAUGGCUGGGCAGUGAAGGGGCAAACACUCCAGGUCACCAAGAUACAUAUGGAUUCAAUUUGGUUACACAGAUUCUUGGCAGGUAUCUGCUUAUAGAUUUUUAAAUAAUCAAAUUCAUUUGUACCUUAAUUUGUUUCCAAGUAAAAUUGUUUGAUAUUUUUCACUUCCCUGAUAGUUACCUCUUGAACACUCCCUAUGUCCAACGAUGGGGCAUAAUUAAUUGUGUAUCAAAUGGAUUCUAAAAGUAACACAUUAUUUGAGCAACAUUUUCAAAAAAUUUUGUAGACUAAACUGUAGAUAAGCUAUGUUCAACUUUUCAAAUAUCCCUUUUUUUUAUUCUUUGGCAAUUGUGUUUAGGUCAAUGCAGCUGUUAAACUGUUAUAGAAAUCAACUAUCACGGUAGUCAGUUACAAUCUUACUACAAUUUGUGUGUAAAUUUGUGCUGCUUAAUCCAAAUUAAGAACAUCAAAACUAUAAAAAGCUUAAAAAUUUUAUUUAUAUAAUUAUUGAUGUAAAAAUAAAAGUGUAGGUGAUUUAUAUCUGCAAAGGGAAGUAAUUCUGAAUUUAGUCCUGGUUUCUCUUUAUUUGAAUUAAAGCCGAUCUAUAUAUUGUUUUGUUUGUUGUUUUUUUUGUUUUUUUUUUGCAUUAACUUAUGAAAAGCAGUGCUGUUGCUGAUAGAUUACAAUACUCAGCUGUAUUCCAUGACCCAUGGCUGGUUCUAGAUCACAUCGGCCUUUCCCCUACCGCCUUUUUUACUUUUUGUUACGACAUUCUUAAAAUGUAUAGUUCACAAAUGACACACAUUAACAUAAAUAGUUAAAAAACAAAUAUAAUGUUGCAAAUGUCAUCUCAUACUCAAAAGUGGUAAAAUGUUCUAUUUUCUUCAUUAAGGCUGCUAUAGUAGUGUGUAUUUAAAGAUAUCAAGAUUUUUCAGCUUAGAGAAAAAGAGCAUUGGAUAUCUUUAAACAUAGUGAAAUUUGUUAAUAUAGAAAGCUGUGGAUCUUGUUCCCCCCAGAAGACAGCCCAUUCUUAUAUCCAACUCGUGUGCCUUUCGAGGAAUCAAGUGUCUUUACCCAAGUCAACAUCAGAAAACCUGAUCUAAGUCUGCAUCCAAAGUUCAAGGUCAGUUGCAUUCCCAUUCAAUUGUUUCAGUUAUGGGGCAAAUUUCAAAACCAAAAACAAGAUUUUUCCAUUUUAUUAAGUCACAGAAAGUCUUUGGAGGUGAUGUGAGAGUUAUACAUUAUUUGGAGGUGAUGUGACAGUUAUUACAUUAUUUGGAGAUGAUGUGACAAUUAUUAUAUUAUUUGGAGAUCAUGUGAAAAUUUUUACAUUAUAUGGUUUAAAAUUUGUUCCUUCUUUUCCACAUCUGUAAACAUUGAGCAGUGAUAAGUUUUAGUCUUUUUGUCUUUUGAUUUCAAACCUUCUGUUGCCAUGGUAAACUGUUGCUUCUCAAACACAACCAUACACAAUCAAUCUGUCUGUGCGACCGAACCACCGCAUUCAACGCAAAUGACUUGAUUUUUUUUCUAAUUUUUUUCUAAACCGGCCCCCGAAAAAUUAGGGUGGAUUUUCAACACUAAUGAGCAGUGAUAUACAACAAGUUAAGCUGCUGUUACUACACAUGCUUCAUUUCUGUUACUGCAUUUAAGUUAUGCUCUUUUGGGGGUGACUGUAUAAUUAUAAAUAUAAUAGAUUCUUUGAAACUUAUGUUAGGAAUUCCCUGGAUGUUUUCUUGUUACAACACAGUCCAAAUGGAAUUGAAUGCUAAUCCAUUUUAGAAAAGGAGAUAUCCAUAUCCACUUUUAGAAAAGGAGUUAUUCAAAUCCAUUUUUAGAAAAGGAGAUAUCCAUAUCCAUUUUUAGAAAAGGAGUUAUUCAAAUCCAUUUUUUAAAAAGGCGGUAUUGCAAUCCAUUUUUAGAAAAGGAGAUAUCCAUAUCCAUUUUUAGAAAAGUAUUGCAGUUGAUGCCUUUUCAAAGUGAGUGAAAAUCAUAAGAGAUUGUUCAACUGGAGUCCAUCUUGUAAUUCUUAUCUGGUCCCGUUUAUUUGAUACCAACUAAACUUAUCUUUAAAAGUAAAAGUUAGACAUGGCAACAGGAGAAACAUAUCUUAUUUUUUAAACCUUUCUUAACGUUUGAUGGAUUCAUCCACAUGAUUGUGAUGACUGUUGCUUUUUACCUCACCAGCUGACCCAUCCUGUGGUAGUGACCUUGAGUCCAGGUCAGACGCUCUAUGUGCCCAGACAUUGGUGGCAUUACGUUGAGUCUCUGGAUCCUUCCAUAAGUGUCAAUGUAUGGAUUCCUUCGGUAUGUUUUAAGUUAUCAUUCAGCUUUGAAGACGUAUUUGACAUUUUCUGUAUGAAAGCAUCACAACUUCUAGGGUAAUGAUAACUACUAUGUAAAUGUUCACUACUAUGGUAAUGAUAACUGUGGUAAUGAUAACUGUGGUAAUGAUAAGUGUUAUGGUAAUGAUAACUAUUAUGGUAAUGAUAUCCACUGUGGUAAUGAUUACUAUGGUAAUGUUAACUAAUAUGGUAAUGUUAACUUGUAACACUCUUCCUUCUUUAGUAUUAAUCUUGUAAAUUGUAAGCCCAACUUGAUGCAGUUAAACACACAACAGGAUUGUUACAUCCUUAAGUGUUGUAGGUAAUAUUUCUCUUACAAAUCCAGGUUAUUGAUUUUAAAAAAAAAAAAUAAUUCAUUCUUUAAAAUUAUUUCAUGAGCCACUAAUUAGUUAAUUGACGUGUUUCCAAAAAGAAUCUUCAGCAGGCCAGAAAAGCUAACAGCUUCAAUUUUUAAAUUUAUUUUAUCAAAAAUAGAAUAUUUUAUCCAUCAGUUUGUUAUUUUAAGUGAAGCAUAUGGUUAACUUGUCACAUGCAUAUGUGCAGUGGCAUAGUGAGGGUGUUUGGCGCCCGGGGACAAGAUCCAUUUUUAGCGCCCCUUUUUCUUUUAAUCCACUCUCAAACCCAUUAUUUUCAUCAAUAAAAUAAUAUCAAAGCACAUUUUGGCGCCCCUAACUAGCUGGCGCCCGGGGACAUCUGUCCCCCCCUGCCCCCACCACGCUACGCCUCUGCAUAUGUGUACCACUAAUGGGAGACAAGUAAUGUCCUUAAUUUUUAUUGUUCGUAAUAUAUAAUUGGAUAAGAGGAAUAAGAUUAAUGGUGCGUAACAUAUGAUUGGAUAAGAGGAAUAAGAUUAAUGGUGCUUAACAUAUGAUUGGAUAAGAGGAAUAAGAUUAAUGGUACGUAACAUAUGAUUGGAUAAGAGGAAUAAGAUUAAUGGUGCAUAACAUAUGAUUGAAUAAGAGGAAUAAGAUUAAUGGUAGAGACUGCUGACAUGUGUCAGGAUUUUGUUAAUAAAAUUUUCACGUAAAAGAAGAUUAUAUUAUGGAAGUAUAAAAAGAUUUGAAAUGUGUGUGAUGUGAUUCAAAUUAUCUUCAUAUUCCUGUGAAACAUAUUUAUUAUUGUGGAUAUUGUGGGUGUCGAUAUUAAAAUUAGUCACUGUUUGGACCUCAUCGUCUCAAGUAUUAUUUAUAACUAAAUAUAACAGUGACAUAACUAUUGGAGCUUGAAAGAUUAUUUGAUGAGUUAAGGUCAUUUUCAUUCAUUGGCAGACAUAGACAAACUACCGAGCCCCUGAACAAACAUACUCACAGUUGUCACCAAAAUUACUAAUUUUAUAAGAAGAUCUUGUUUGCUUUACAUUAGACCAUAAAUAAGAAGUUAAAAUUAAAAUUAAAAAUAUUGAGCAAAUAGAUCUAUUGUCAUAACAAUCUUUAUUUCAUACCAGAAACAUGACCGUCUUAGCCAGUUAGAGGAGGCUGUGACCCGUUGCCUGGCAACCAGCCUUCUGACAACACUAGACACAAGUGGAAAUAAUUCUCUGCGGCAAAAGUGGCUUAAUCCCACCGAGGUGAUGGUCAAUUUAAUCAACCAGACCCCGGUAGAAAGGGAAACAAAUAUGCAUUUAAAACAAAACAAAAAAAAAUUGUAACAAAAAAAAUAAAUAUUAAAUGUAAUUUUGUCUUAGAAACAUGGUUAGGAUGUACGUUAGGAUGCUUACUCUGUAUGUUAGGAUACGUGGUCUGUACUAAAAAUAAAUUUUUAAUCAUUUUCAUUUUGAAGAUCCUGGACCCAAUGGAUGUCAACUUAACAUUUCUCAGGACUGCCAUGUUCAACAUUGCUGGUAAUCAAUAUGGACAUGGACAAAACGGCAUGUCGUCUGAAGGCGGUGAUGUAACAAGCCAACCUUGCGAUCACAAGGAGAGUAACUCUGAUGAAAGACCUGCUGGACAUAUUCAGUUAACUGAGGAUGACAUAGAUUUGCAUGAUAGUUUUUCGUCAGCAACAGCUGUCUCUAAAGUUAGAGAUGACUACCUCAAGGUCCUGGCUGACAGAAUUAAAGGCUGUCCGUUUAUCCCUCUAAACAGCCCUUAUUCACGCUGCAGCGAUCAAGAUUUGAAAAAUACAUUGAAAAGAAAAGCAGAUUCAAAAGACGCUACUGGUCCACAGAAGAAAAAAUCUGGCCAAUGCAAUUCAGUUCAUAUUUCCAACGAGGCACACGGCAUCGAUGAGGACACGGCUACAACAUGCAGUUUAGAAAGGGAAGAAAGAGUUUUGACUUUGAGUCCUUGCCCUUUUGGAUCAUACAUGAAAUUUGUGUCAAGUCUUUGUGAACAGAAUCACUGCAUCAAAUGUUGUGGUCAAACAAGUUCGGCAAACAAAUCAAUAAGUGUAAGGAAGGAACACCAUCAUAAAAUUGGCAGUGUGGAUUCAGAAUCACCCACUGAAGUAGGAAAUAGCCCGCUUGAGGGUGACGGACAUUUACUGUAUGACUGUGGUGACUCCACCGUGCCUUGUGUUGAUGAAAGACCGAGUGAAGGGGAGGGGUCACACUUUCAUGAUGUGCUGCCGUUUAGCCACGAGGAGAUGGCAGAGAGUUUGCUGGUCAGUGUGCUACAUCCGGAUGUUGUUAAAAUUAUUGGUGACAAACUGAGAGAACAGUGUGGACAAUUGGACAGAGUCAAACAUUGACAGUUCAUAUUUUGAGAUUAAAGUUGAAUGAAAAGAAGCU